GUUAAAGCUAGCGCGAGGGUAGAGUGAGAAAACGGCAUGUCGCCGAUGAGAUACCGGACGGCGUUUGGGAGCAAAAGCCGGCUGCUGUUUACGUUUCGAUCACGUCCAUACUCGUCUGAGUCUCGGAUUCAAUGCAGGCCAGAACCACGGCCUUCGUUUGGGAUCGCGUUUGACAUUGACGGAGUUAUUCUCGGCGGUCGUGCUCCGAUCGGCGGCUCUCCUCGAGCUUUGAAGAAGCUGUAUGGAGAUUCCGGUGCUGCAAUGCAAAGUAACUUGAAGAUUCCGUUUGUAUUUUUGACCAAUGGAGGUGGCAUCCCAGAGUCGAGACGUGCUGCUGAACUAAGUGAAGUUCUGGGAGUCAAUAUCCUGCCUUCUCAGGUUGUACAAGGUCACACACCGUUUAGAAACUUGGUGAGGAGAUAUGAGAAUGAAUUGAUUGUUGCUGUUGGAAAAGGGGAACCAGCUCUUGUAAUGUCAGAAUAUGGUUUCAAAAAAGUUCUGUCAUUAGAUGAGUAUGCAUCCUACUUCAAGAAUAUUGACCCCGUAGCUCAAUAUAAAUUGUGGAGAACAAAGCAGGCACUGGAUCGCAGUAGUCACUUGAAGGAUUCAGUGCCAAGAUACAAUGUAUAUUCUGAGAGGGUUAGUGCUGCUUUUGUUGUGAGUGAUCCUGUAGAUUGGGGCCGGGACAUUCAGGUUCUCUGUGACAUUUUAAGAUCUGGAGGGAUUCCUGGAUGGAAGAAUUGCUAUCAGCCAGACCUUUAUUUUGCCGCAGAUGACCUUGAAUAUCAGGCUGCUUUUCCUUCUCAAAGACUUGGAAUGGGUGCUCUCAGAAUUGCACUAGAAAGUAUCUUCAACAGGAUUCACCAUAAUAAUUUGGAAUAUGUAACUUUUGGGAAGCCCAAUCCAUUUGUAUUUAAGAACACUGAAGCUUUGUUGGCAGAGUUUCAACCAUCUCAAUUUGAUGAGCACAUCUCAAGUAGUGGAUGUUCUCAGUCACAUGAUUUUAAAACCCUAUAUAUGAUUGGCGACAACCCUUUGGUUGAUGUCAAAGGUGCUCAACAGGCCGGACGUCCUUGGUUUUCUAUCUUGACAAGGACAGGUGUUUUCAAGGGAAAAGAUAAUCAUAAGGAGUUUCCAGCAGAUAUGGUUGUGGAUACUGUAGAAGAGGCGGUAGAUUUCAUUUUGAGAAGGGAAGGAGCUUCGUAGCACAUAACUCUCAACCCAUCCCAGUUAAUAGAAGCUUCGAGCAGGAGAGAUCAAGCACUAUUCUGCAAACAUUAGCAUCAAGCUGAAAGCAAGUGCAUUAACCUAACUAGUGUCUUUGAUUGAAUAUAUUGAGGCCCUCACUGUUGCAACACUUUUUUUUCCAAAGAACUAAGUUUGAAGUUCCAAAUUUAAGUGAUUUUUCAGUUUUGUAAUUCAUUUAUUGUCUAUAUGCUGUACAUGCAACCUGCAAGCACAAAAUGAGUACAGUUAUGUACUCAAUCAAGAAAUGAAUCCUUUCUUUUGGAGAAUAAAUCAAUCAACUUGAAAUUC